CUCAGCAAAAGCAGACGUGUGUUAUUUUUUACUCGCGGUGCAGUGAAAUUAGUUUUUUUGAUAUUAAUUUGCUAACAAUAAUUUCCCCCAAGAAUAACCAUCAGUAAUGGAAGCCGAAUUCGAACCGUUAUCGCCCAGUUUGGGGAACAUUAUCGACCAGGAAACGCUGAAGUGGAUCUUCGUCGGUGGCAAAGGUGGUGUCGGGAAAACUACUUGCAGCUGCAGCUUGGCCGUCCAGCUGGCAAAGGUCCGCGAAUCGGUACUGAUCAUUUCGACCGAUCCCGCUCAUAAUAUCUCGGAUGCAUUCGAUCAGAAGUUUACCAAGGUACCGACUAAGGUCAAUGGGUUCGAUAACUUAUUUGCCAUGGAAAUCGAUCCGAACGUUGGCCUGAACGAACUCCCGGACGAGUACUUUGAGGGCGAAAACUCGGCCAUGAAACUGAGCAAGGGUGUUUUUCAGGAGAUCAUUGGAGCGCUGCCUGGUAUAGAUGAGGCUAUGAGCUACGCGGAAGUGAUGAAACUGGUCAAGGCGAUGAACUUCUCAGUAGUAGUCUUCGACACGGCCCCAACCGGUCACACACUUCGGCUGCUUUCCUUCCCGCAGGUCGUGGAAAAAGGUUUGGGCAAGCUUCUUCGCCUUAAAAUGAAACUUGCUCCAUUCAUCUCCCAGAUAGGGUCCCUUUUUGGGGUGCAAGAUUUCAAUGCCGAAACGUUAACCGGGAAGCUGGAAGAAAUGUUGACCAUCAUCCGGCAGGUUAACGAACAGUUCCGCAAUCCGGACCAAACCACCUUCGUGUGCGUUUGUAUAGCAGAGUUUUUGUCACUCUAUGAAACGGAACGAUUGGUGCAAGAGCUGACCAAGUGUGGCAUCGAUACGCACAACAUCAUCGUCAAUCAGCUGCUGUUCCGUCGCACCGGUCAAGAACCGUGCGCCAUGUGUUCGUCUCGGUACAAGGUGCAGGAGAAGUACCUGGAUCAGAUUGCCGAUUUGUACGAGGACUUCCACGUCGUUAAACUUCCACUGCUAGAUAAGGAAGUCCGGGGAGCGGAGAACGUGCAAAAGUUUUCCGAAAAUUUGAUUAAACCCUACAGUCCAAAUUAGGUGAUUGCAUGCAUGGGUGUUCUGUUGUAGGGUCCAGGGCGGGUGAGUUUUUCGUAUGGACAAGGUGAGUACGAGUUUCGAAAUCCUAGCGACAAAGUCGCGCAGGCUAGCUCUUAUCAAGACAUUUAUUACUUCCAACUGGUGUGUUUCGGUCAUGUCAGUUGGUUUACAUUUCUAUAUUUGUAUAUGAAAUCCUUAAUUUGUAAUAUAUAUUAGUCAUCA